AUGGCUACAUGGUACGGAAGAAUAUUGGAAGGCUUGAUCCGACUUCUGGUGGCAACGUUCGCCGCUGUAGGAUUUGAAUCUGUUUGGCUAAAUAUGAGACAACUGAUUGGAUAUUUGUGGCUCAUAAAUACGUACAGAGCAGACGCAAAUGACCUGGAUGAUAUUUACAAAUUCGUCAUAACGGUAUAUUCUUGGGAAGUGGCGUUCUUGGUCAAUGGUUUAUGCGUUGGCGUGGUGUGGCUUGUCGGAAAAAUUUUGGACGUUAUACAACCGAAAAGUAUGUGCAAUGUGUUGAUGAACGCCUUCUGGCUUUCGGCCCUAUUUUACACCUUAAAUUUGCCGAUUAUGAUCUGCAGCAACUGGCACUGGCAGCCAUAUCUGCAUGGUCACGUAAACGGCUUGUUCAAAUAUUUCAUUAUUAGCUCGGUGAUCUAUAUUCAUCCCGGAGAGAAAUUGAAGUGUUGGCUGAGAAAGUCAGUGGACAAGAAGAAAGUGCAAUAA